AGCCCCGGGGCCGGCAGCCGACGCGACGGUGGCGAGCGGACGGUGCGCGGCGCGUGCUGAUGGGUGGCCGGGACGGCGGCGGCGCCAUGGAUGUGUACCCGAGCGGCAACAUCUUCCAGGAGCUGAAGCUGGUGCUGGAUAAGGGCUGCUUCCUCUCGUCGUGCUCGCUGGAGGAGCGCUGGCAACAGACAUGUUACGAGAUGGAGAAGUACCUAAAGGACGAGCCGAAGCUCAAGUCGUACAAGAAGCUGCCGUCCGAGCUGGACUCGGCGGCGGCGCGGUGGAAGUCGGAGCCGGAGCCGGACGACGGCGAGUACCUGUUCUCGUCGCGCGACUCGCUCGACUCGCUCAGCGUCAGCUCCGGCUCGUCGGCCAACUGGGAGACGGCCAGCGUCAAGACCGAGGAGCCCGAGUCGGAGAGCGACUCGGAGAUGGAGGACGCCGCCGGCCGGCUGCUGGCCCACUCGCUCACGCCGCCCUCCAGUCCCGAGUGGCCGUCGGCGGCGCGGCUGGCCGGCCGCGGCACGCUCCAGGUGCGCUUCACGUCGCGCGCCGGCGGCCUCAUCUCGUGCCUGCCGGGCCUGUCGCUCAAGGCGGGCCACGGCCGGCCGGCGCGCGCCGACUCCUCGCCAGAUGGCAAGCGGCGGAUACACAAGUGCCUCUUCUCCGGCUGCAAGAAGGUCUACACCAAGUCGUCCCACCUCAAGGCCCACCAGCGAACACACACAGACGGAGGUGCCGGCGGCGGCGGCGAAUGUUAG